ACACGAACCAGCAUGUGCAUGUUUGGUGCCCGCGCUCUGUUCUGAGACCACCGCUUUAUUAAACUAGCGUUAGUCGAGUAAUGCUAGCGUUGUACCCCGCGGUGGCUAACGUCGACGUUAGCCGGGGCAACGUAGCUGAGCGCUCUGCAACAAUUGUACUUUUACUAAAUGUGCGUGUUAAUUUGAACAAAUAGAGGUAAGAUUACCAAUCGGUAUUCUUUAAUUCAGUUGCAGUUUCAUAACACUGAGGUUAUUGUUCGGAAGGAUACCGCUGCCUGUGUUUGUUAGCCUUGGUACCCAUCAAUGCUAACAUUAGCUGCUAAAAUGCUUAUAGAAAAACCUGCCCAUGUAACCCCUAUUGACAUCUGAUUUUUAUCCUAAUAUUAUACAAGUAUUGUAGAUAAAGAGCAAACUCCCCCGCCCUUGUUUUGCAUAUCAGACGAGAUGAAAUUGCCAUAUGCACAGAUGACGACCUGGGAGGUGUUGUGCAUGGGUGUGAGAUGUUACUGCAGCGGUCAUACACUUGAAUCAGAAGUGACCGUUGUUUUUCACACGUUCGCUUCAGUUCGGUAUGUUCACACAGAGUUAAAUUGAAGAUACCAUGCAACCAAAAAAUACGUGGAUGUAUUGAGUUUCUUUGUAUUUUGCCCUUAAGCCCAGUCACUGUGGCAAGUGGCUGCAGAGUUAUUUUACUGCCAUCUGACCUUUUCAGUGGUUUCAAUUGACAUUUAUUCUACUAAUCAGUUCUCUUUCUGCACCAGGAGUGAAGUCGGGAUCAUUUACAGAUUGUGCUUGUGUGCCACUUCCUGCAAUGCAGUGUGAAAGUUUGGUUACCCUUCUCCUCUGGUCUCUUUAAGAAGACACAGCCCUCGCUGUUUUUAGAUUUGCUAAACGAGAGCAGCACUCGAUCAACAGUCACUCCACCUUAUCAGCUCUACUGGUCAAAGGCAUAGAGGAUACACCUGGGAAGUCUUCCCAAGGUUGAAACCCAAGGAGCAAGAUGUCAAUCACAAACACCCCCACGAGCAAUGACGCCUGCCUGAGCAUCGUGCACAGCCUCAUGUGCCACCGACAGGGAGGGGAGAGCGAGAGCUUCGCAAAACGGGCCAUUGAGAGUCUUGUCAAGAAGCUGAAGGAGAAAAAAGAUGAGCUGGAUUCCCUUAUCACAGCCAUCACUACGAAUGGAGCGCAUCCGAGCAAGUGUGUCACCAUACAGCGAACUUUGGAUGGACGCCUACAGGUCGCAGGGCGUAAAGGUUUCCCCCACGUCGUCUAUGCCCGACUGUGGCGAUGGCCUGAUCUGCACAAGAACGAGUUAAAGCACGUGAAAUAUUGCCAGUACGCCUUUGACCUGAAGUGUGACAAUGUUUGUGUCAACCCAUACCACUACGAGAGGGUUGUCUCUCCAGGCAUCGAUUUAUCAGGACUGACACUUUCAAGUUCAGGUCCACUCAUGGUAAAGGAUGAAUAUGACUAUGACCAGCAAUCUCACUCUAGCUCCGAGAGCCACCUGCAGACUAUCCAGCAUCAGCCUUCGAGGCCCGGUCCACAAGAGCCCUUCAGUGGGCCCGCUCUGCUCCCCCCAUCGGAAGGCAGUGGUUCAGCCUCAACAUCUGCUUUCUCUACAAUCAGUGCUGGACCCUCAAAUCCUGCCCCUAACUGGAGCAGGAGCAACAGCUUCACCCCUGCGGUGCCUCAGCACCAGAAUGGUCAUCUACAGCAUCACCCACCCAUGCCUCACACAGGGCAUUACUGGCCUGUUACCAAUGAAAUUGCGUUCCAGCCCCCCAUAUCCAAUCACCCUGCUCCAGAAUACUGGUGCUCCAUUGCUUACUUUGAGAUGGACGUCCAGGUGGGGGAGACAUUUAAAGUGCCGUCCACAUGUCCGAUAGUGACCGUGGACGGCUACGUGGAUCCAUCAGGAGGGGAUCGUUUCUGCUUGGGCCAGCUGAGCAAUGUUCACCGGACAGAGAACAUAGAAAGAGCCAGGCUCCACAUUGGUAAAGGUGUGCAGCUGGAGUGCAAAGGUGAAGGAGAUGUGUGGGUGCGCUGUUUGAGUGACCACGCAGUGUUUGUGCAGAGCUACUACCUGGAUCGAGAAGCUGGACGUGCUCCCGGAGACGCAGUUCACAAGAUCUAUCCCAGUGCUUACAUCAAGGUGUUUGACUUGCGUCAGUGCCACAGGCAGAUGCAGCAGCAGGCCGCGACAGCUCAGGCGGCAGCUGCAGCUCAGGCGGCCGCAGUGGCCGGUAACAUUCCUGGACCAGGCUCUGUUGGAGGCAUCGCCCCUGCCAUCAGUCUGUCUGCCGCCGCAGGCAUCGGGGUCGACGACCUGCGCAGGCUGUGCAUCCUGCGGAUGAGCUUCGUGAAAGGCUGGGGGCCCGACUACCCACGGCAAAGCAUUAAAGAGACGCCCUGCUGGAUUGAAAUUCAUUUGCACCGAGCUCUCCAGCUACUGGACGAAGUUCUGCACACCAUGCCCAUAGCUGACCCUCAGCCUCUUGACUAAGUUCAAAGACAUUAAUUGUAGAAAACAAACGGGAAGAAAACAAAAAACCAACCAGACUGUACUUUUAACAGAUCACGCCACCUAUAGCCCCGGAGCACCGAAGGAGGACUGCAACUACAGGGGAUGCUGAGUAGGUUACAGGACACAAAAGGCGGGCAGUAUACGCCGAUCACACCGCUUUCUCAAAUCCAGCGCUGCGAGCAGUUGUCAGGAUACUGAAUUAGACUCCAGGUCUCUAAGUUGAGCGACUUCCAGGCAACAGCUGGAGGAACAUGUGAGUCACACUGGGUGGAGUCGUAGCAGUGGAAACAAGCGGCCGAGAGGAUGAGCAUAUUAAAACAAAGCCAGUGUUCUGACAUUGUUCACCAACUGGAAGUGAACAAGGCUGCAUGUCGCUCAAAUCUUUACAAAAAUAAUCUCUCACUGUUCUCAGCUAAAGAAAAAAACUUGUUUAAAAGAUUAACAUUUUUUUAAUUGAGUGUUGAUCGAAAGCAGAAAUGCAAAGAGACUGUAGGAUGUGAAAUGGGAAAUGAUUCCUUUUCGCAAUGUUUGGAGUCCCUGUGAUUAAUUGACAAAAUUCAUUUUGAACUAUUUAGUAAAAUAUUUGGCUCAAUAACAGCUGAGUUAAGAAGCACAAUGGUGGCACAUUGUAUCUGAUGCAAACCUGUCCUGUACCCUGUCUAAACGUUUGAAAUGUGAUUUCAGUUGGUGUACACUGCCGCUCCAGUCCUCCUUGUCGGCUCUCCGGUGCCGAUAUAUGGCUUCAUGUAAGUGGGGUUUUUUUUCCUCCCUCGCAGAUCAGGACAUUUGGGUGAAAUCAUGUUAUUAAUUUUCUUGCAAAAUGUUAAAUACUUUUUCAAAGCUGACAGACCUUGUUGGUGUUUUUUUAUUUUUUAAAUUCAUAUUCCCAUUUUGAAUAGUUGUUUUUAAUAAAUAGGCCCACUUUUAGUUGAGCUUGACUUCAUUGUUAUACAAACUCCAGAUUUAAUUGAAAUGAUGAAAUAUGUUGAAAAGAAAAGGUUAUUAUACAUAUGCAUAAUAUCUGUAAUUUUCUUUACUUUUUUUUAUUAGAUGCCCAUAUAGUGUCCAUUAGCACUUUAUUAUUUUGUCUUGUUUUUUUGUCCCGUGUGUGGUUACUUGUUGUAUCCAUAUAAUAGCUUAGCAUAGUGAAAAAUAAAAACGUGUACACUGGGUUCUAAAAGUCCAAGACUGCUUUUGGCCCCUGCGGUAGUUAAGUGUUCUAUGUUUUCAGUAUCAAAUCAUUCGCCAACAGCUGGUUUGAAAGGUUUUCUGGCAAAAUAAUGCUGAUUAUUUGUAACAUAUGGAGUCGUGGUAUAUGAAAUCUGAAUCUUACCACUAAAGAACUACCUUACAAACCAGUAGGCAGUGAAUCUUUGACCCUCAAACUACACGGGUGGAGGAUCACUGUGCGUUCGCCUCAAUUUUAAUUUGAGCGUCACUCAGAUAACGGUUGACAUAGACAGGAGCUGAGGAAAGGAAGUGAGGAUUGAACUGUGAGAGGAAGCGGAGCCAUAUCUAUGCCUAAAAUGGAACGGUUUUAUCAGACCGUGGUCAUUUCAGUGCUCAUGUUGCUUCUAAAAGGUCGGUUUUCAUUAGCAACAGAACGAGGUUAGUCUUCGCUCCGCACUAUUCAAAACUAUUUUUGGUAUUUGGAGCUCUGUUUACAGCUGUUGCAGUAUUUUAUACUUUUUGCUACCUUUACAGUGAUGAACCACUCUGGCCAAAAUUGAAAAAUUAUUUAAAAAAAACAAAGGAAUGCUGUACAAUUUUCAGGAAAUGCAAGUUUGUGCUCAUCGUAAUACAAUUGUCUUACAUUCUGAAUACAUAACUGAGUUUGAAUGAUAUUGGUGUUUAUAUGUAUGAAUAUGGUUGAAUAAAAUCGAAUGGGCUAAAACUCUCA